AAGUGUUUAUAGUACCAAAUAACAAAGUACAAGAUUUGCAGAAAAGGCGAAAGGAAAUGUAGUUUGUAUUAAUUUUUUUCUUCUUCGGGGAGACGUUAGAGGUUCUCGCGAGAAAAUGGACCAGCUCGGGAACCUGCUGUUGUUACUAGUGUGUGGUGUGACGCUGAUCUACGCCGCCAUUGAUGAUGGCGUUGGGUCUGAUCCCCCACCUGGGAUGGAGGGCUUGGUGGUAACACAACCAGCAGCCUCAGAACCACUGACAGGGGUUGAGCUAAGUCCCACACCACCAAAGGAUCAACUCCUCAAGUGCCAUUGCUCAGACUGUGAAAAUGAAAUGUGUGUGACUGAUGGCUACUGCUACGCGACCAUCAUAAUAGACAGUUCAGGAGAGAAGAGCAUAUACAACAAGAAGCAGGCGUGUUUGGACAAAAACGAGCCGUCGGCUUACAAGUGCUGGAAGCCUGGAGGCUUCUACCACAAAGUGUACCGAUAUGGACUGGAGGAAAAUCUAUCAUGCUGCCGCAACAUCGACUUCUGUAACCUCGAGUUCCCAUCUGCUUCCCCUGGGGGGCCACCCCAGCCUCGCUUGUUUCCAGAGGCUUCCUCCUCGGAUGAGCCUGGCCAGAGGGGUGGGGAAGACCGAACCUCAAGUUGGCAGACAUGGAAUCCAGCAUUAGCAAGUGCCGUGGCAUUGUGCGUCUUACUGACAGCCGUCCUGGUGGCUUUUUUAUGCUAUUGGCAUCACCGCAAGGAACGCACAGAAAGAAUCAGACACGGUUUCCCAGACGUAGAGUCAAUUCUAGAUCGAUCGGAAGUUCCACUCAUGGGCUCGCAUACACCUAUCAGAGAAUUCAUGGAUUUGACCUCAAGUGGGUCAGGCUCUGGUUUGCCUUUGUUAGUGCAGCGAAGUAUUGCGCGACAGAUACAGUUAAUUGAUAUCAUUGGCAAGGGUCGCUUUGGAGAAGUGUGGCGUGGAAGAUGGCGAGGAGAAUAUGUAGCCGUCAAAAUAUUUUCUUCAAGGGAUGAGCGUUCUUGGUUCCGUGAGGUUGAGAUCUACCAAACAGUGAUGCUGCGUCAUGACAACAUCCUUGGCUUCAUUGCAGCAGAUAAUAAAGAUAAUGGAACAUGGACACAGCUUUGGCUUGUGACCGACUAUCAUGAAAAGGGCUCACUGUUCGACUACUUGAUGCGGUAUACAGUUGAGACAUCUGGAAUGAUUCGAAUGGCUUUAUCCAUUGCAACAGGCUUGGCACAUCUCCACAUGGAUAUCAUGGGAAAUAAAGGAAAGCCAGCCAUUGCUCACAGAGAUUUAAAGAGUAAAAAUAUUUUGGUAAAGUCCAAUGGAAACUGUGCCAUUGCUGAUCUUGGCUUGGCAGUCAGAUAUGACUCAGCCACAGACAGUGUGGACAUUGUCCCCAACAACAGGGUGGGAACAAAACGAUAUCUUGCUCCAGAGUGUCUGGACGAGUCAAUGAACAUGAAUCAUUUUGAUUCCUUCAAACGUGCAGAUGUUUAUGCACUUGGUCUUGUCUAUUGGGAGAUUGCAAGGAGAUGUAACACAGGUGGUGGAUGUGAAGAAUACCAGUUACCAUAUUAUGACAUGGUUCCUAAUGAUCCAACCAUUGACGAGAUGCGAAAAGUGGUUUGUAUAUACAAACAACGACCAGUCAUACCAAAUAAGUGGCAGUCCUGUGAGGACCUGCGAGUGAUGAGCAAGCUUAUGAAAGAAUGCUGGUAUCACAAUGCAGCAGCACGACUGACCGCAUUGCGCAUCAAGAAGACUCUUGCCAACUUGGGUGCUCAUGAUGACCUCAAGUGCUAAGAUACAAUGCCACAGAGGAGGAGAUUAUUAGACCUUGUGAUUAACUGUGUUCAAUUCCUUAAAGAUAGACAUCCAUCGGAUGCUACGCCCAGUAGAAUACUGUGAGAAGAGACACGGUGUAUAUGUGCAUGUCAGUGUGAGAGUUGCGUGUGACGCAAAAGCAUGUGUGAAUGAGUAAAAUAUGCACAUUUUUCUCCAUACUUAGGUAGUAGCUCAUAGGCUCAGCAACUGUGCACUCUGUUAUAACGAGGUAUGUAUAACACCAAAAAACAGUACUUUGAA